AGUGCGUGGUCGCGCAUUCUUGUUCCUAUGUAACCGAAAAGCGUAAAUGUAAAAUCAUUGUAUAUUUUAUUGCUUCUGACUUUGAGCGUUUUUGGAACUGAAAUAUGGGGCUUUUGGACAAGUUACAGGGAUGGUUAGGAAUGAAAAAGAAAGAAGUUAGUAUUGUAUGUGUUGGUUUAGACAACAGCGGAAAAUCAACGAUCAUAAAUCACUUGAAACCGGCGAAGAGCCAGGCUACGGAGAUCGCCCCGACUAUUGGCUUUACGUGUGAGAAAUUCACAAGUCAAAGAUUAAAUUUUGCUGUAUUUGACAUGUCUGGACAAGGCAAAUAUCGUAAUUUAUGGGAGCCCUACUACAAAGAUGCACAAGCCAUUAUAUUUGUCAUAGACAGCAGUGAUAAGCUGCGCAUGUGUGUCGCAAAGGAUGAGCUCGACGCGCUGCUGUCUCACCCAGAUAUAAAGAGCAAAAGGAUUCCUGUCCUGUUCUUUGCAAAUAAAAUGGAUUUAAGAGAUGCCUUGUCUUCAAUAAAAUGCACCAAUCUUCUUGGUUUGGAAGCUAUAAAAGACAAGCCCUGGCACAUAUGUGCUUCUAACGCUCUGACAAGAGAAGGUCUAGAUGAAGGUGUUGAGUGGUUAACAGAACAACUCAGCAAUUCUUAGCCUUCUACAUUGACAUCCUUCACUUCCCAUACAAUCUAUCCAAAUUCAAGAUUCACCUGCGCAAGGCCUAUUAAAGACUAUGUAGGCUCGAUUCCAGCUCACCGCCGUAAGGGGCUGGUGUGGCUUGGUGACGACUGGAAAUAAAACCUAAUCAAGUACUUAUAGUAAGAUGUUCAGAAUUGCAUCGAGUUAAUAGCUACAGUAUCAUCCCCAGACAGUCGCGCGACAGAAAGCCAGGCAACUGCACUAGGCGAGAGAUGACAAGAAUCUUAUUGGCUUAUAAUGAUUUAACUGGCGGAACAGAAAAUCCCAAAAGACAAAAACACAUCGAUGUUUUGAAAUGCAGCGUCGCGAUACGACGGAUUCGACAGUAAUCUCCAGCAAAACAUUAUGAGAAAGUUAAUGCACCAGUCUUCCUUCUCUCCCUCUUCCAAUUAAGACUAAUUGAAAGAUGUUAUUUUGCUUGAAUGCAAGCCACAGCUAGAUUGUCAGUUUGGCGUCAACAUUUGUGUGGGAGACUCACCCACUGAUAGGAUAGAGGGAUUUCAAAGAGUUAAAAAUUAGAUGGUGCGCACAAAAUCCCUGCUAAAAGAUUCUAUAGCAGCUUUUGUCGAGCACAGUAACUGGUAGAAGACGGUGAAAUUAUGAACUUUUAAUUAGAAAGAGAAAUCUGAACUUUUUUUAAUUCUAUAUUUUAUUCAGCGCCUAGUCUCCUGCGCAGGUGUCCUUAGUGUCUCGAGUCCCUAUUCGGCUGCACAGAAGACUACCUGCCGCCAUGUACAAAUGUGUAGUAAUAUGAAUAUAUUACUGUAUGAUGAAGAAAUGUUUUAACAUGUCUGUCGCUAGAGACAUACCCGGAAUAGCCUACGUCCCCAUUGUUUGAUUGGGUUACCUGUGGUUUGUAAAAGCUAUGACGUCACAGGCUCUUACAAGGCCUUCUUUACUCACGGCCAACCGCGGGAAUCCCAAGCAAAACUCCAGGGACAGACUCCUGGGUUCCUGCAUGUUUGACGAUCCAGCGCAUGCUCAAAUGCGUGCAAACGAACUAGUUUACUUCCGGUUAAAAUACUGAGCUUUAUAAAGGCCAGUCACACCCUCAUUUUACGCUCCCGCACAAUACAGUCAAACAAAGCAUUCAUUUUGAUCGGCUUAUACAAGCGAGUAGCCGAUAUAUGGUUUAAUCAAAUAUCGUCAAUAACAUAUCAGACUUUAUUCGUGGAUAUAUAUUUUCAAUUUUUCUCACAAAUAGACCGUUUAUUUUCGACAAUAACAAAGGUACGCUUGGUCGACAUUCUUUAGGUUUGUCUGUUCGCAGGACACUGCAGAGAAGGCCCUUUAAAUGCUAGAUAAUUUUUUUUUUCAAAUGUUAUUUUGUAAAUGUUAUUUUGUAAGUGAAAACAACUUAAACCCUGAGUAGCAGAGCUAUUAUUAUUAUCAUUGUCAACAUUAUUUAAUAAAGAUCAAACUUGAUUACUCUC